AUGAAUGCCGUUGUUCUAAUUACAUUCCUCCUUGUGGUAGAUGUGUUCUCGCUUGACAAAACUUGGACUCACGAUCAUCCUGAAACGGGCAUAAUCGGAAACGAAGUAGUUCUGCAUUCUGAGCAAGAAAGGAGGACUAUUGCUAGGAAGAAACAUAAAGUUUUCCCAAUUGUCCCUGUUCUCAAUGGUCUUUUAUGGGGUGGAACGGCGGUGUCCGCAUAUUAUAUUGGUAGAGGUGUAUUCGGUGCAAUCAAAAGAUAUAUAGGAUGA